AUGCCAAAAAAUGAACCGCCCAAAAGUUUGACCACAUCCUCAAGUGGAGUAAAGUCAGUUCCACAGGCAACAAACCGUUCGCUCGACGUCCAGCAAGAUGAGCGUGAAUCGUAUGCGACGGCCAUCGAUCCAGGGUCACCUACAGACGUUGACACUGAUAAUGAGACGGACCAAGAAUUUGAGACACCACAAUCGCCAUCCCCAUCCCCAUCGCCCUCACCAUCACCGUCUACUAGGCCAGCACAGACGCUUUAUCAGGCAAGUAAUCAUGUCUCUUUACAUAUCACCAAGAAAAGGCCUUACGAAAGCUCCGGUCGUUCUGAGAACUCGGCAAAGUUGACCAAAACCUCCAAAGGGAAGCAGACUGUCAAGUCUAUCAAAUCUUCGCCCAUCGCACCGCCACAGUUCGUGAAGCCGACUCUCAACAUGGCUCGAUCUUUCCAGGCUGCACCUUCAGGCUUAUCCUCGGCCAACACAUCCUUCAACAACACAUCUUUUUCUUCCCAGGAGACAGCAGCUACUACAAACACUUCGUUUACGUCAAUCGAUGCUGUCAGAGAUCUCCAGGAGACGAGCCUGCUCGAGCCUAGAUUGACAAAGAUAAGUUCGAAUACAGUGGAUUCCCUAGAUGAUCGCGAUCUCUACCAAGCUAUUUGGCGUUCAGGAAAUGGAGUAUUCGAACAAGACAUUCAGCGAGAUCUCAAUGAAGUCUUUUCCCAAGGAAGCAGCGGUCAAAGCCGGUCGACUUUUGGUUCUAUCGAUGAAGACAGUCUCCUUCAGGCCUCUGUCGAGGUUGAAGACAAGCGGAAUAGAUCGGAAUUGAUUCCAAAUGAGAGGCAAGGAAAUCUUCAAGCGCCUCUCAUUACCAACCAGAGCGAUCAGCAAGCCUACACAUCGGAUUCGACACUAUUCCCAUCCAAUGGGGUACCAAACUAUCAAGGGCAGACAUCUCUUGACACACAGUCUCCCUUAAAGAUGUCAUACGAAGUACGCGAUCUCCCCAACCAGAAUCUCUUCGUGGGUGAGCUCCCUAAAGCACUAGAGCACGUUCCUUACCAUAUCCUCUUUAUCUGUCAACGUCUAGCGAUAGAGCACUCCGUCGAAGUACAGCACUUGGUCCGUGGCAUGGACGUAUCUACCGUGUCUUCUGAUCCUGAAGCCUUUUGGCGUUUCAUUGAGAAAAAUAACAGCAUUACACCUGUGAAGCUGCGUGAGUCAAGUCGCCUCUGGCCAUCGGCGAAACGCAAAUUUGAUGGUUACGUAUUUAAGGGGCACAUCACUUUCAGUCUAAAAGACACUGGUCCCGUUGUCUAUCCGACGCUGUUACCGGUACAGGCAGACAAAUCGUGUCGAUUUGAGCGAAUCUUUGGUUCAGACCGCUUCCUCUACCUGCACACACCCAAAUUUGAUUCUUCCAAGACGCCCCGCUACAACGCUGAUCAGGUGCAACAAAUUCGCAGUCAAUGGCAAGCAUGGCUCCUUACCGAACAUUCCUUCUUGGGUCGUAAAUGGAGAGCCUUCCACAUUGAAGAUUUGAAAAGGAGUAAGAACGCCCGCCGGAAGGAUACGGUCCACGAAAAAAGAAUUGUACUCUUCGCGACAGAAGGAUGGGGCAUUAAGCAACCGUGUUCAGUGGGUCGGAUGAUUCAUCAGUUCCUACCGUUUGAUACCAACGAGAACCAGGGUUUUUGCAAAGCCUUUGCUCGCAUUGAACUCGGGCUUUCUCGAACCAUUCCAACAUUAUGCUUUGAUACAUCGCAAAUCAUCCACGUGGAUGAUGAUUUGGCUUCAAGUGACCCGGAAGACACACGGUUUGACGAUCCAAGACUACAUUGGCAGCCAUUUCCUAACAAUACGGUCAUGAAUGACGGAUGCUCAAUCAUCUCUGUGGGUGCCGCAUUAGACAUAUGGCAGCGAUACAAGAAAGCUACUGGAGUUUCUGGUCCUUUACCGAGUGCGUUUCAGGGACGUAUUGGUGGAGCUAAGGGACUCUGGAUGAUCAGUGCAGAGUCAUUCACCAAGGAUCCUCAGCAUCUCGAAUAUUGGAUCAAAAUCAACAAGAGUCAACAGAAAUUUCACCCACCUGCCGACCAGCCACAUCAUCACCGAACUUUUGAGGUGUCCAACUACAGUUCCGCGCCGUCACCAUCGGAACUCCAUAUAUCGUUCAUUCCUAUCUUGAUUGAUCGAGGCAUAAAGAAAGAAGCUGUUUCUGGUCUCAUGAGGGAGUGCCUCGAUACGCAACGCAAGAAGCUGCUAGAAUUGCUUCCAGAUCCUGUCAAGACGUACGAUUGGGUUCACCAGAACGGCGCAAAGACCCGGACUGAACCUUCCUGGCAGGGUGCACUGCCAUUAUCUCUAGAGGAAAAGCUAAAGUUUCUACUAGAAUCGGGCUUUUUACCCACCAGGUUUCCGUAUCUUGCCAGAAGCCUCGAACGCUUUAUUCAGACCAAGCAAAUAUUCCAGGAAUCCAAGCUGCGGGUACCGCUUGCAAAAUCGGCCUUUUUGUAUGGUGUAGCGGAUCCUCUCGGGGUUUUGGAGCCAGGAGAAAUCCAGGUGCAAUUCUCAUCCUCAUUCGUCGACGAGAAGACAGACGAGAAGUACCUCUGUCUUAGGGAUAUGGAAGCUUUAGUCGCCCGUCAGCCUGCUUGUCGCCGCUCAGACAUCCAGAAAGUGCGCACAACCAUACGCCCUGAACUAUCGCAUUUAGUAGAUGUAGUGGUCUUUCCGUGUAAAGGCCGUUACCCACUAGCCGGAAAACUUCAAGGUGGUGAUUACGAUGGUGAUAUGUUCUGGAUAUGCUGGGAAACCACACUUGUGCAGCCAUUUCUGAAUGCGCCAGCGCCAGUACAGCCCCCUGAUCCUGCAAAGUAUGGCAUAAAAACACGAAGUGAAAGGCUCAAGGAUAUCAUGGAUACCGGCAACCCGGAAACAGUGGAUAAAUUCCUCUGUAAAGCAUUCGAAUUCCGCAAUAAUCCUUCUCUACUUGGUUUCGUCACCACCAUUGCAGAGAAGCAAGCCUACAGCGAAAAUCGCAUAUAUUCACCAAAGCUUGAGCAGCUGUAUGAUAUGCACGACUUGCUAGUCGAUGCUUCCAAACAAGGCUAUGUUUUUACACAGGCGGACUUCGAUCGGUGGGUACGCCGACUACCAAAACAACCAAAGCAGCCCGUUUACAAGGCCGCGAUGGAGGAUUGCUUCAACACCAAGGACUCCACAGAAGUCGAGAAAUCCCGGAAGAAGCCAUACCGAUACGACUCCAAGCAUGCAAUUGACUACAUCUACUUCGAUGUUGUAAGAGCGCACAAUAUUGAGACAAUGGUGCAGCUCAAAUCCGUCUUCUUGAAAGCUUCCCAACUGGAUGAGGCAUUGCUUUAUCCGAGUAAGCACCUUAGUGAGAACAGAUCGAAGACGAUCGAGAAGGAACUUUUGUCUCUGACUGGCAAACUGAGAGAAGUGAAAAAUACUUGGAACGCUGGGGUCCACAGUAAUAUGAGCACAAACGACCACUUCAACACUCUCGUGAACACCUGUUACGAACGGUACCAGGCUAUACGGCCUGACGAUCCUGGCCAUCCCGAUAUUCGACCUCUUAUGGAUGAGUAUCUUACGCCUGGAGCAUGUCUGUGGGAUACCAUCAAAGCAUCGGUACUGUACAACACGUUUCAACGGCCCGAACAAUCCACGUUCGUUUUCACUGUGGCAGGACGCGAGCUUGGGAGACUAAAGGCAAAUAGCUCUGAGUACUCCAGGGCUAUAGUAUCAUCCAUCCGUGCUAAUAUGAAGCCGAAACCUAUCAAGGCGCCAGUUGAGCACGACGAGGAAGAUGAGGAAGACGACUUUGAGGCCGCGCUCGAGGAGCCUAUCCGGUAG